GAAGAGCUCACAUGCAUUCCUGCCUUUUUUCCCCGCCACAUCCAAGAUGAGGAUUAGUUGACUAGCAACACGCGCGCGCGCCCUCACACACACAGACGGGAGCACUUUGCGGCCAUGAUGCACUUCAAGUAGAAGGCAGGAAGUGGCGACGAAUAUUGAGAAUGAUUGACAUGAGAAAUGGAUGCAAACAAGUAAUGACUCAUGUUAACCACGGCGAGAGCCAUUAUUCACAGACAGAGAAAACAUGGAACAGUCCGGGAGUGGCCGGCCUAUAAAGGUUACCCCACGAGUACGGCGACAACUAAUCCAGGAGGUCACAAAUGAACCCAGGACAACAUCUGAAGAACCGCAGGCCUCCCUCACCUCAGCUUUAAGGAGUUAAGCUGUUCAAGUGUUCAUGACUCAACAAUAAGGAUGAGACUCGACAAAAAUGGCAUCCACGGCAGAGUUCCAAGGGCUCAGGCAAAUAAGAGGCAGAGCCGGGGCGGCCUCUACCGAGUCCCACGUUUAGGAUGGCCGCUGACGCCGGCAACAUUCCGAGCCCGGUGGUGCGCCAGAUCGACAAGCAGUUCUUGAUCUGCAGCAUCUGUCUGGAGCGGUACCACAACCCCAAAGUGCUGCCUUGCCUGCACACAUUCUGUGAGAGGUGCCUGCAAAACUACAUUCCGGCCCACAGCCUGACGCUGUCGUGUCCCGUGUGCCGCCAGACGUCCAUCCUGCCCGAGAAGGGUGUUGCGGCGCUGCAGAACAACUUCUUCAUCACCAACCUGAUGGACGUCCUGCAGCGCUCGCCGGGUCACCGUGGAGCAAGUGGCGGCCAGGAGGCGGCGGCCGUCCUCAACGAUAUGGCCACGGUGGCGGCAGGUCAGCUGCUCUCCUGCCCCAACCACGGAGGCAACGUGAUGGAGUUCUACUGCCCGCCGUGUGAGACGGCCAUGUGUCAGGAGUGCACGAGUGGCGAACACGGAGAACACCCCACCGUUCCGCUGAAAGACGUCGUGGAGCAACACAAGGCCUCGUUACAGGAGCAGAUGGACGCUGUCAAGAGGAGGUUGCCUGAGAUCGACGGCGCCCUGCUGACGCUGUCGGAGAUCCUGCAGCGACUGACUGGUCGCAAGAGUGCUAUCGAGGAGGACAUCCAUGCCGCCUUUGACGAGUUGCAGAAGACGCUCAACGUACGCAAGAGCGUCCUGCUUAUGGAGCUGGAGGUCAACUUCGGCCUGAAGCAGAAGGUGCUGCAGGCUCAGCUGGACAAUUUGCUGCAGGGCCAGGACGGCAUCCGCAGCAGCUGCGACUUCACCGAGCAGGCCCUGAACCACGGCGGCGAGGCCGAGGUGCUGCUGGUCAAGAAGCAGAUGAGCGAGCGCCUGGCAGAGCUGGCGGCGCAAGAACUUCCCCUGCGGCCCGGCGAGAACGACCAGUUGGACUUCCGCCUGGAGACGGAGGGUGUGAAGAAGUCCAUCCACAACCUGGGCAGCGUGGUGACCACUAACGCCGUGGCGUCCGAGACGGUGGCCACCGGCGAGGGCUUGCGGCACUGCGUGGCGGGGGUGCCAACCUCUAUCACCGUCACGACUAAGGACAAAGACGGCGGACUUUGCAAGAUGGGCAAUGCUGUCCUGAUGGCGGAGAUUUUGGCGGCCGACGGUAGCAAAGGCGAUGGCGAGAUCCUGGACAACAAGAACGGCACCUACGAGUGCUUGUUCACCGCCCCCACUGAGGGCACCUUUACAUUGUCCCUGCGCCUGUACGAGGAGCAUAUCAAAGGCAGCCCCUUCAGGAUCAAGGCCAGCAAGUCGGCGGAUGCGUCGGCGGCGUCCGACGGCGUCAAGAAGAGGCUCAAGUCUCCGGGCAGCAGCGGGCACAUCAAGCAGAGGGCCAUUAAGAGGCCCGCCAGCAUGUACAGCACCGGACGCAGGAAAGAGAACCCCAUCGAGGACGACCUCAUCUUCAGAAUCGGCACCAAAGGGCGCAACAAAGGCGAGUUCACUAAUCUGCAGGGUGUGUCCACCUCUUUGGGCAAAGUGCUCAUCGCAGACAGCAACAACCAGUGUGUGCAGAUUUUCUCCAACGAAGGCCUGUUCCGGAGUCGCUUCGGGGUCCGGGGCAGAACCCCAGGUCAGUUGCAGCGGCCCACCGGCGUAGCCGUCCACCCCAGCGGCGACAUCAUCAUUGCCGACUACGACAACAAGUGGGUCAGCAUCUUCUCCAGCGACGGCAAGUUUAAGAACAAGAUUGGCUCAGGUAAGCUGAUGGGUCCCAAGGGCGUGUCGGUGGACAGGAACGGUCACGUGAUCGUGGUGGACAACAAGGCCUGCUGCGUCUUCAUUUUCCAGCUCAACGGCAAGAUGGUCUCCAAGUUUGGUAACCGCGGCAACGGCGACAGGCAGUUUGCAGGUCCUCACUUUGCUGCCGUCAACAACAACAACGAAAUCAUCAUAACGGAUUUUCACAACCACUCAGUCAAGGUGUUCAACACGGAGGGGGAGUUCCUGUUGAAGUUCGGCUCCAACGGCGAAGGUAACGGUCAGUUCAACGCUCCCACGGGGGUGGCCGUGGACGUCAACGGAAACAUCAUCGUCGCAGACUGGGGGAACAGCAGGAUACAGGUGUUCGACGGCAGCGGUUCAUUCCUGUCCUACAUAAACACGUCUGCUGACCCGCUGUACGGCCCUCAGGGUCUGGCGCUCACGUCGGACGGACACGUGGUGGUCGCCGACUCGGGAAACCACUGCUUCAAAGUCUACCGUUACCUGCAGUAGCCUGUGCGCGCUAUACACUAUAAACUAUAAAAACACACGCGUGUGGACACUAGCGUAAGGAGCAGAUUUGCACUCAUCCACUGUCACCUGUUGUCUUCCAUUUGUGCCACUGGGACUUUUUGUUUCCUUUUGUUUUGUGCUUUUAGGAGUCACUUCAAACCAAUGUACACAUUCCAUCGCAGCUACACUGAAAACAACAACAGGAAUAAUUGCAGCAAUGAAAGAAAACAUACUCAACAGUCUUCAAAUUUUGCGAGAUUACUUUAAAAGUAUUGUACGAAGGAGUGUUGUUGCCACAAUGAAAAGAAAAAAAAUAUGAAAAAAUAUUUAAUUGGGAACAAUUUAACAGUCAAGUGAAAACAGUCAUAAUAUAACAAGAUUUUUUUUUAAAUAUUAUAAUGGUUCUGUAUUAUUCAGAACAAAAUAUUUAACUGAGAAAAAGAGAAAAAGCAUCUUGGUAAAAAAAAAAAAAAAAAAGUUGUAAUAUUACAAGAAAAAAGUGUAACAUUAACACAAUUAUCACUAUGCUACUAAUGUAAAUUCAUAAUAUAGCAAGAAGUCUUUUUUCCCCCGUGGUAAAUUAGGAUUUCAACCACUCAUAUAAUACGACUUUCCCCGUAUAGAAAAUUCCAAUUUUAUCACCGUAAUGUUUUAUUUUUUUCUCAUGUUAUAUGCUUGUCAUAUUACAUACAGCUUCAUCUAUGAUUGUAUCUUGGCGACUUUAUUCUUGUACUAUUACAACUUUUCCAUCAUAAAAUUAAGACUUUGUCUCUUAAUAUUAUGACUUUACUCUCAAAAAUUAUUUUCUUUUUCUUGUAACAUUACAAUUUUAGUAAUUUAGUGAAUUACAAUUCUGAAAAAAAAUAUUGUAAUGUUAUGAAUUUAUUCUGAUAACAUUUCAUAAUUGUUCUUGUAAAAAUGUUAACAUUUACCUUGUACUAUUAAGGUUAUGUUUCUGUAAAAACAUCUCAAUAUUAUUUUGUUAUUCUCAUAUGAUUCAGAUUUUUCUUGUAAUAUUAUGACUAUCCUUGUGAAUUUCCUGCUUUUUAAAAAUAAUAUUACAAUUUCACUCGCGGAAUAAUUUGACUUUUUCCCCCCCCUCGUCAUAGUACAAAUUAAUCUCUUCGUACUAUUAUUUUUUUCCUUUUCAACGUGGCCCGAAUUCUCCUCGACGCAUUACUCUUUGUGAUGUUGCAGCAGAGAAAGUAUUUUUUUAUGAUAAUCCACUCGAGUUAAAAAUUUAGCGCAAAGUAUUUGCACGACCAAGACAUAACAACGUGAUACAAUAAUGCAAACCAUAAGCAUGGCUUUAAUGAGUGUCAAUGUUACAUCACCAAUAAAUAAUAAACAAACUAACCCAAGUGCUUCUGAGGCCACCAAGUGCAAUCUGCUGUGUUGUGACGCCUUACACCUUAAAACAAAAUUUACAUUUUAGAACUACUAACAAAGUGUAUUGUAGCAAAUAUAUAGUUUGACAGUACAGUACAUAGAAUACAUGGCUACACAGAUUCUGAUGAGGAUUUUUUUUCCUACUCAUUCCUGUUAAAUUAUUACAUUUUCCAUUUUCUGGGUUAUUUCUUUUAAUGUCGAAUGAAAUUAAAGUGUCCACUGGACAUAAAAAACAACAAAAACAUACAUUUCUGUUGUCUUUCUAUUAUCAUUGCAUGCUGCAUGCUUAAUAGAGCUUUUACAAAAAGUUUUGUUUCUUAUUGUCACAUUAAAAAAUAUUAUUGCAGCGAUUUUAAAUACUUUAGAAUAAAUUUCUGUAAUAUUUCCCUACUCUUGUCAAAUUAUGACGUUUUCACAAUAUUACCAUUUUUUUCUGUAAUAGUACGACUUUAUUCAAAUUUACUA